UGUCGCCCGUCCCCCGUGGAGCACCCCUCCUCAUUCCGCAAAUCCAGAAGUGCGACCAAAAUGGCGCUCCGCAAGAAGAAGUUUCUCGUGUCCGCGUCGGGCGAGGAGAUUUGCCGGGGGCUUGUCGUACCCGAAGCAUAUGUCGCCGACCCCAACGACGACGCCGACGACCCGGAUGCGAUCGAGCUCAUCCAGACCCACAUGUCCAUGGUGUUCCUUCGACGGGAUGUCGUAUACAAGGUCAAGAAGAACGUGGACUUUGGGUUCGCCGACUUUAGCUCUGUCCAAAAGCGCAUGCAAGCCUGCCUUGCCGAGACGCAACUCAACCAGCGACUCGCCCCCCACGUGUACCUUGGCGUCGUGCCCAUUUACAAGAAGGACACGGCGCUGUUCAUCAGCACCUACGACAUGUGGACCGACGAACGCGACAAGGACGCCAGCUACUACGUCAACGACACGUUGGGCGAAAUCGUGGACUGGGCGGUCAAGAUGCGCCGCCUUCCGAACGAAAACACGUGUCUGCAUCUCCUCACGACCGGCCGCCUCAACGCCACACUGCUCGGCCUAGUUGCCGCUAAAAUCGCCGCGUUCCACACGACGGCGCGAAAAAACGCCACGAUCGACGAGUUUGGGAAGCCGGCGGUCAUCAAGCAGAACAUGGACGAGAACUUCACGCAAUCGGCGUCCCAUGUCGACGCGGGGCUGGUCGAUGGCCACGUGUACCACCGCGUGAAACUGCUGUCGGAGCGGUGGUUUGCCGACCUCUUGGACACGUUCGAGCACCGCGUCCAACACAAGUACAUUUCCGACACCCACGGCGACCUGCGCUUGGAGCAUGUGUACUUUUUGCCCAAAGCUGCGAACGUGUCCGGCACCAAACCGUCAAUGGCGAGCUACACGCUGACCGACGACAUCUCGGCCGCCACGACGGACGUGGUGGUGCUGGACUGCAUCGAGUUCAACGAGCGCUUCCGGUACUCGGAUCCGUUGAGCGACGCUGCCUUCUUCGCGAUGGACUUAUACCGCGUGGGGCGCCACGACCUGGCCACGGCGUUCAACGUCGCGUACUUGGACAAGUCGAAGCAGACGUCCAAGGCCAACGCGGAGCUGCUGCGCUUCUACGCCGCCUACCGCUCGGUGGUCCGCGCCAAAGUGUCGGGGUUCCAAGCGCUCGACCCGCUCAUCGCCGACAAAACGCGCAGCAUCGCGCGCUCCAAAUGCCAUUGGCUCGUCGCGUACACGCUGCUGGCCCCGCCGUCGGACCGGCCGUGUCUGGUGCUGGUCACGGGGCUGCCGGGCACGGGGAAAUCGACCGUCGCGCAGGGGCUGGUGGCCGCGGACGAGCGGUGGGUGUGGGUUCGCAGCGACGUGGUGCGCAAGGAGCUGGCGGGGGUCAACCCCACGGAGCGCACGCCGGACGACGCCAUGACGGACGUGUACUCGACCGCGUUCACGCAGAAGACGUACAUGGAGUGCUGGGCCCAAGCGCAGGAGGCGCUGCAGCGCGGCCGUCGGGUGCUGGUGGACGCCACGUUCCGGGAGCAUGCGUUCCGGCGGUUGUUUUUGGAGGGCGCCAAGAAGGAAGGCGCGAUGGCGGCGGUGGUCGUGUGCGAGUGCAACCGGGAGAUCGUCAAGGGCCGCAUGGCCAAGCGCGCGUCGGAAGCCGUGCAGAUCUCAGAUGCGACGUGGGACGUGUUUGAAAAGGUGGAGCAGUCGUGGACGACGUUCGAGUCGGCGUCGGGGCUGUACGCUGUCACAGACCAGGAAGUGUUUGCCGUCAAUACGGAGAAGCACUUGGACCUGGCGAUCACGCGAGUGCAUGGGUUUCUGCGCAAAUUGGGCCUGGAAUAAUACUGAAUGUACCAAGUCGAGGUAAUGCAGCAAAGUCGUCGAGAAGUUGAAGUGAUAUGGAAGGAUGUUUCCAGGGAAGUUUGUCUCACCUGAGAUACCGCUCAAAAUAUCUCAUCCGCAGGCUAAUCAGUGGAUGUGUGGUGUUGGCAUGACCUGCGGCUUCUUCACAGCCGCCCUCUCGAGCUGCAGGGGGGUUUGAAGCGACGGGUUUCGAAGUACUUAGCUGACAUUGGUAUACUGUAUCCAAACGACAAGCUGUUGCAGCUGCUAUUACUACCGGUAUUACAAAGUUCCUGCAGUAACGUUACGUUACUAUUAGGCUAUUUUUUGUGAACGUUAUUUCUGGUGAAA